CUCCCGCCUCCCUCCCGCCUCCCUCCCGCCUCCCGCGCUCGGUCCAGAAAGGGCCCCGCGGAUGUCCUCGGGACGAGCGGCCCCGGGCCCACAGGGAACAUGGGCGUGCUUCGGGCCGGACUGUGCCCGGGUCUCACCCAGGACAUGGUCCAGCUUCUGCGGAGCCGCGGGAUCAAGACAGUGGUGGACCUGGUUUCAGCAGACCUGGAGGAAGUAGCCCAGAAAUGUGGCUUGUCUUAUAAGGCCCUGGUCGCCCUGAGGCGGGUGCUGCUGGCUCAGUUCUCGGCUUUCCCCUUCAAUGGCGCUGAUCUCUACGAGGAGCUGAAGACCUCCACUGCCAUCCUGUCCACCGGCAUUGCAAGCCUGGACAAACUGCUGGAUGCUGGUCUCUAUACUGGAGAAGUGACUGAAAUCGUAGGAGGCCCAGGUAGCGGCAAAACCCAGGUAUGUCUUUGUGUGGCUGCACACGUGGCCCAUGGCCUGCAGCAGAACGUCCUGUACAUCGAUUCCAAUGGAGGGCUCACAGCUUCCCGCAUCCUCCAGCUACUUCAGGCCAGAACCCCAGAUGAGGGGGAGCAGGCGGGAGCUCUCCAGAGGAUCCAGGUGGUGCGUGCGUUUGACAUCUUCCAGAUGUUGGAUGUGCUGCAGGACCUGCGAGGCGCUGUGUCCCAGCAGGUGAGCAGUUCUUCAGGGACUCUGAAGGUGGUGGUUGUGGAUUCGGUCACUGCGGUGGUCGCCCCACUUCUGGGAGGUCAGCAGAGGGAAGGCUUGGCCUUGAUGAUGCAGCUGGCCCGAGAGCUGAAGACUCUGGCCCGGGACCUCAGCGUGGCACUGGUGGUGACCAAUCACAUGACCCGAGACAGGGACAGCGGGCAGCUCAAACCUGCCCUGGGACGCUCCUGGAGCUUUGUGCCCAGCACCCGGCUUCUCCUGGACACCAGCCAAGGUGCAGGAGCAUCAGGCAGCUGGCGCGUGGCGUGUCUGACCAAAUCUCCCCGUCUGCCAACAGGUUUCCAGGAGAUGGUGGACAUUGGGACCUGGGGGACUCCAGUGCAGAGCCCAACAUUACAGGGAGACCACAUGUGACUUGCUGUUGACUGGGACAAACCCUCCUGCACAGUAACGCCUGCCGUUCACUGCCGGCAGCCCUUGGGGCUGCAGAGAAGCUCUCGGGCUGGGCAGACAUCUUAGUCCUUAGCUCCUCUCUCUGGAAACACAGUGUUACUGGCUACAGAGGAUGCUACUGUGGAAGGACCCAGAAAUUCAUGCUGGUACCAGGUUUUCCUCCCUUGUGUCUACCACGUAUGUUUCCAGCAGGCGCCGAGCUCAGUGUCUUGGGCAUCUCUGAAGAGGCAUGCUGGUGACUGGACAGGUAACCCUGUGCAUCACCGUCCUGCACUCCAUCCUAACACAGUGACUGAGUCUGAGGCCUCUAGCUUGCCUUUGUUUCCCUUCUUCUUCUUUUUUUUUUUUUGCCUCUGUUUUUCCAUCUGUAAGAUGGGGCUCCCUUUCUCUUAACUCUCUCUUUGAGUUACUGGGUGGAAGUAACCUCGUAAGUGCAAAACUCUUCUCUAUCUAGGUCCUGAUCUUAAAAACAUACAAAGGAAAUUCUCUGAGCCCCAGAGCCAUCCAUUUUCCCCCCAGAAGGUGGUUUUUCAGUUUCCCCUAGUGAGGCCCCAAAGAAUGGUUAUUCCUCUUUCCCUCUUGCCCAUUUGGUUUCACAAACCUGCAUGCAUCACCAUGACCAGGUGAGAUCGGGAGCUCACUACAGUCCCAGGAAUAUAAUUUAACAGGAAGGGAAGAUGUGACCUGGUCCCCGUGAAUCCAGCCACUUGUUUAACGUGUAUGGUGCCCUGUGGGGCCCCUCCACAGUGUCGAGUAACCAGAGGUGCUGAACCAUGGCCUUGCCCAUAAACAGAUGGAGGAGAAUUUGCACAGUAAAUAGAGCCAGUUGGGAAAAUUGAUGCUGGCGUAAAUAAUACAUGGCAAAUCUAGUUCUUUAUGUAGAAAUUCAUUGCCGAUGGCUCCAACAUGCAAUAUAAUUACCCCUCUCUUCCUGCCAGCUAUACCGCAGCCUGGUGCCCUAGUGCAUGAAAUAACCCCCCUGUCUGUUACGGGCACUGUGGCCAUCCCUCUGCAAGCUAUAACCCUGGCUGGGUGGAGAGGAGGACACCAGGGAAGGGGAAAUAAAAGACAGAGAGAAAUGAUCAGGAUUGUUCACUGACCACAAUUUUUAAAGGAAGGUUGCCUUUCUCGGUUUGAGAAAGAGCCUGUCAUGUAAUUAAUUAGUUGCUUGGCUGCAGGAAGAGAGGUCAGAGUUACAGGCCGAAGAUACGACAUUUAGAGGUGAUGAACACAGCAGGGAUAAAAGCAAGAAGGCUGGAGGACUGGGAACAAGUGGCAGACCAGCCCGAGGGUAUCUGCCUGAGUGAGGACAGGCUUGGUAAGCUGCAGACUGGAGGAGGAACGCUGGCACUGCUGCUUUCACAGGCUCCCAGGAGAAACGAAUCUUCAGCAUCCUUACACCAGGAGCGGUUGGCGCAUAAUUGCAACCGUAGUAGGAAACAAGACGUUAAGCUGGGACUGGCACAUCCCUGUCACUUGUACCAUUUGGGCAUCCUGAGCCCACGCAGACAUCACCAAUCAAUCAAGCAUUCUUUUUGGCAGAGCUCAGAGUCCUUUGCAGUUUUGGUUUUUCUCCACAUGGCACUCCAGGCAGCCACAACUAGUCAGUUGGAACUGGCGUUCAAGGUGGAGGCUGGUUACCAUCUCUGCCCCAGGCAGAUCUGCCGUAUUUCCCAUAUAUGGUGUCGGGUGCUCGGUCCUUGACUCAGGACCCUACAAUAGUGUGGUUUGAGAGGCCUGUAAAGAUCAUAGGCCCCAUCUUGUCAUUUAACAGAGAAGGAAACUGAGGCCCAAAGAGGAGAAAUGACAGUCCCAGUGGCAGAACAGGGGCUGGAACCCAGGACUCUCGAUUCCUCAACCAGGACUCUGUGUCCAUGUUGCCUUUAGUUUCCGAUCGGCACAGUUCUGUCCUCAGUGGGGACUUCUUCCAGCCACACAGCCUCACCGAGGUAGCCUCUCUGGCCACAGGAAGGCGCUCCAUUCAUUGCUGCUGCAGACCACCCCGUGACAUUUCUGCAGGACUUUGCCCCUCACAGCUCGCUUCCUCCUUGGCCUUGUUCUCGGACGGGGGCUUCACCUCAUCCUCAUGCUGAGCCCACACACUCCGCUCCAGGCCAGCCACCCUGCGAGGCUCCCCUAACAGGCCUGGGGCCGGGCUGGCCCUCCUGCCCACAUGCCUUUUGCUGCCUUUGCUUACGUGUCUGUCUCCGCCCAGCCGUGACUGCGUCGGUGCACACCCACCCUGACAUCCUCCCUUUUUUAUGCCUCAGCUGGGGUCUAGAUAGACAUCACAAUCCUCCUGUACCACUCAGACUUGUCUUAUUGGCUGCCCAUGAGCCCAAGAUCCCCUUGAAGGGCUCCCACGUUAAUUUUUCUUUUGCUCUUUCCACAGUAUGGGAGCUCAGCAAUUGUUAAAUAUACAAAUGGGUGGGUUUUAAGGCAUUUUAAAGAUGGCAAAGGAGAAACACAGGAAUGUUUUUCACAUGAUCUAGUCAUUGAGGUCCCCCAGAGUGUCUUUUUACGUAUCCUACAGAAGACUGUUGAAUGUCCUUGGUCUGAUAUUACGCAACGUAAAUGUUGAGUCCCUACUAUGUAUGUGCUAGCACUUGAUGGCUUUUGUUAGGCACUUGAACUCCCAAAGGCUCUCAGGCUCAAGGUCCAUGUAUCACUGUGGCUGCUCUCCACUGCAAGUAAUGAAACUUGGCUGAAAGAGACUUAAACAAUAACAUUUGUUAUCUCUAGUAACACGACAUCCAAGGUUGGCUCAUUUGGCGGCUCAUCAAGCGGCGUAGGGCCUUUCCAUCUCUGCUCUGCUCUCCUUUUGUGUUGGUUUUGUCUGUAAGCUUGUUCUCAUCAAAGCAGUCAUUCUGGACUUCCCUGGUGACGCAGUGGUUAAGAAUCCACCUGCCAAUGCAGGGGACACGGGUUCGAGCCCUGGUCCGGGAAGAUCCCACAUGCUGCGGAGCAACUAAGCCCAUGCGCCACAACUACUGAGCCUGCGCUCUAAAGCCCGCGAGCCACAACUACUGAGCCUGUGUACCUAGAGCCCAUGCUCCGUGACAAGAGAAGCCACCGCAAUGAGAAGUGCACCGCAACGAAGAGUAGCCCCUGCUCGCCGCAGCUAGAGAAAGCCUGCGCACAGCAAUGAAGACCCAACGCAGCCAAAAAUAAAAAUGAAUAAAUUUAUUAAAAAAAGAAGAAAAAAGGGGGGAUGCUACUAGAAAGGGGGGAGUGUGCGUGGAGGAGUUGGACGUUGGGUGGGCAACCACCAGUGUCUGCCAAAGUCCAUGAGGCAAGUGUGUCGAGGCGCACAUGUGCUUAGGCCCUUUGUCCACAUCUCAUUUAGACCUUCAGAAAGCCUUCCAUCUUCCAGACAGUAAAUGGGAGUCCAGUGAGGUUAUGGGCAUAAAGCUAAUAAGUGGGCAGCACCAGAAUCCAAACUUGAAUCUGUCUGAUCCCAAACCCUACUUCCUUCCAUCCUCAUGCUGCCUUCGGCUGUGACUAUGUGAAUGUUUCAAUUAAAUUCUUCUUUGUAUUUUGCCCCGAUAGCAACCAAGGCUACCCAUCCCAACCUCUUUUUAUCUUUGUUCACCGUAAAAGCUGGAUCAGAGAUCUACUUUCUCAGCUCUUUCUGAUUUCCCUUAGGGAAGUUAUGAGAGAAUGACAAACACUCAAAGAAGGGAGAUAUUAUUGGUAUUAAGGUGAACCGGGGGUUUGGGGGGAAAUAAAGCUGAAUGAAAAACAA